AUGGCAACAAAUGAUAGUGAUAGUGGAGAUACUUUUCAAGAUGAUGAAAUUUCUUUAUCUCGUCCAAUUCGUUUUUGGAUACUUAUCCUAUUUGAUUUUCCAUCAGCUAUCUGUAGUUUUAUUCUUCUUACUCAUCUUCUUGUUAAUCGAACAGCUCGACCUGCAUUAAAUAAUCAUGCAAUUGUAGUUUUAAUUAUUUUUGGUUUACCAACUCAAUUAAUGGAUGUUCCACUUUAUCUUACAUUUAUAAUUAAUUCAGGUAAUGUUACACCUGCCGCACCAAGUACAUGUAUUGCUUGGUGGUUUGCUGCUUUUGCAUUUUACAAUGGACAACAAAUUUUAUUAGCGUGGACAGCUAUAGAACGACAUAUUUUAAUAUUUAAGAGUCAAUGGGCAAUAACAAAACGAGGAAGAUUUUUUUCUCAUUAUUUACCAUUAAUUCUUCUUCUUCUAUAUAUUUCAACUUUUUAUAGUUAUGUUCUUCUUAUAUUUCCUUGUGAAAAUACUUAUGAAUAUGAUUUACCAGUAUGCAAUGCAUAUCCAUGUUAUCAAGAUGAUUUAAUAUUGGGUACAUGGGAUUUUUUUGGACAUAAUAUUUUACCAGCUUUUUUAGUUGCGUCGGUUAGUAUGGCUCUUUUAAUUCGUGUUAUACGACAAAAACAACGUCUCAAUCAACAAGUUCAAUGGAGUAAACAUCGAAGAAUGACGAUACAAUUGGUAUCAAUGUCGAUUUUAAAUAUUAUUUUUAUUUUACCACUUAAUCUUCUUACACUUGCUCAUUUAUGUGGUUUACCAGAUGAAUAUGGCGCUCAACUGCAGUUAUAUUUUUAUUUUGCUGGUUAUCUUUUCAUUUUCUUUAUACCAUUUGUAUGUACAAGUUCAACACCGGGUUUAUCCAAGAAAAUCAAACUUAUAUUUUCAUGUCAAGACCAAAUACAAACUGCUGGCAAUACAUCUAUCAAUGGAGCAGUAAUUAUUGCUCGACGACGACGAUAA